CUCACACAGUCUCUCUCUCGCUGAUUCUUAGCGUUUGUCAUCAGUUCAACAACAAUCAGUGUUUUUGUGGUUUGGACAGACUGCACCUGUCUGCGUUGUAUUUGUCUUGUACUAAAAUCCUGAUCUGAUUUUAAAACAAUGUCUCUGGCAAAGGAUCUGAUGCACCCCAGCUUCACUGAGGAGAGGAGAAGACACAAGAAGAAGAGGCUGGUUCAGAGUCCUAACUCCUACUUCUUGGAUGUUAAAUGCAUAGGCUGCUACAGGAUUACCACCAUCUUCAGCCAUGCCCAGACAGUCGUACCUUGUUCAGGCUGCUCUUUAAUCCUCUGCCAACCACGAGGAGGGAAAUGCAAACUAACAGCCGGCUGUGCCUUCAGAAGGAAACAUCACUUAAACACAUCACUGAGCAAACAAGCACCUGAACUGAAUAACAAGCAGUAAAUUACCAAAUGAGGCUUUGCCUCACACUUUGUAAUUAAAUGUAUGGCUGUUUACACCAUCCAAAGCAGAUAAAUCACCUUAAUGUGUAAUCUGAUUGUUUGGAAAAUGAACUCCCCCUGUGGGGGUUGAAUGGGGAAGAGGGAGAAUGAGCUGUGUAGGGAAAUUUUAGACACUCCCAUAUGCUUGGAUUGAAUUGUAUAGAUAAUAGAAUAACGAUGAUGAGGCACAUGAUGCAAUUUGAAAGCUGAUUUAAGUGAAUGAUAUAAGUGAAACAUGUUUUGUAAUCAAUGAAAUGCAAAGAAAAAAAAAGGGGCUCAAAGGAGUCGUGAUUUCUGUAAAACAUUUAUUAGACUGACAUAGAGGGGGUGGUGAAUGAAAUAUUUCAAAACAGCCUUGAUCAAAUGUGAUGCACGAUUCAUGGCCCUGGCACAAAAUGAAACCAUGAUGGCCAUCAUAAUAAAUCAAAAAUAAAAAAAAAAAGGUAUUCAAAA